ACAAACUACAUGUAAAGUCCCCUCUGAUUUAUUUAACAGAAACACCUGGUUGGUAGCUUGAAAAUAAUUCUUUAUUAUUUAAACAUUUGAACUUCUUCGCAGAAACCAGCUGCACCAGAGAUCCAUUUCAUGGGGGCCGCGUCAUGUUUUCUGACUGCAUUGCUCCUUUCAGAGGCAAUGGGCGGUUCGGGGCGGAGGGGGGCGCUGUUGAGCAUAUAUUUUGUUACAGUCCCGUUUCCCUCCAUGGUUUCCCCUUCUCUCCGACUAACUUAGCGUUCGGCUCACUUCAUUACACAGCCCUAUAUUCUCCCUCCAUAAGGGGCAUCUCUGCCGUUUUGGACUGAAGAUCCCAGCAGAACCCGAGAGAGAGGAAAAAGUUUCACUUCCACAGGGGGAAAAGAUGGACAUGAAAAAGAGGAUCCACUUGGAGCUAAGAAACAGGACACCGUCUGAUGUACGAGAACUCGUCCUCGAUAAUUGUCGGUCGGUUGAAGGGAAAAUCGAAGGCCUCACAUCCGAGUUCGUCAACCUCGAAUUCCUCAGUUUGAUAAAUGUCGGCCUAAUCUCAGUGUCCAACCUGCCUAAACUAGCGAAACUGAAAAAGCUGGAGUUGAGUGACAACAGAAUCAGCGGCGGCCUCGACGUUUUAGCAGAGAAACUCCCCAACCUCACACAUCUAAACCUGAGCGGAAACAAAUUGAAAGACAUCAGCACGUUGGAACCGUUGAAAAAGCUGGAAAACCUGAAGAGUUUGGACCUGUUCAACUGUGAAGUAACGAACCUGAACGACUACAGAGAGAGCGUCUUCAAGCUGCUGCCUCAGCUCACCUACCUGGACGGCUACGACAUGGAGGACAGGGAAGCCUCUGACUCUGACGGAGAGGUGGAUGGAGAAGGCGUGGAUGAUGAUGAGGACGAAGAGGGAGAGGAGGAGGAAGACGAAGAUGGGGAGGAGGAAGACUUUGAUGAGGAGGAUGAUGAUGAGGAAGAUGAAGAGGAGGUAGAAGGAGAAGAAGAUGAUGAUGAAGUUAGUGGUGAUGAGGAGGACGACGAGUUCGGUCAGGAUGGAGAGGUGGAGGAUGAGGAUGAAGAUGAGGAUGAAGACGAAGAGGAAGCAGAAGCCGGGAAAGGCCAAAAGAGAAAGCGAGAUGCGGAGGACGAAGACGACGAUGAGGACGACGAAGAAGACGAUUAAACGCAAAACUGAAAACGAGAGCCUACCGAGUUUUUCCUCUUUGACCCCCUCACAAACCCGAACGUCCACCCUCCAACAACUCGCACCGCCUUUUUAAACCGUGUCAACUUGUCCCUCCUCUUCCUCCCCCCAGCACUGCGCUCUUUACGAGCAAGACUGUACCGACGGGUGGGCCGAGUGGAGCUGCCCCCUCCCACAAUCCCCAUCUUCUUUAAUUUUUUUUUCUUCUCCUUCCUCCCACACCAAGGAACUGAGAGCCACCUAACGCCCCCACUUCGCUCCCACCCGCAAUCCCAGAGGUUCUCAGGCAGCCGACCACUCAGCAUUCCACAUUUCCACUGUCCAUCCCUCUUUAUGUAUUCCCGUGUGAGGACUUUGGGACUGGUAUCUAGUUUUGGGUCUGUGUUUUUAAUAUUUUGUUGGAUUAAUUUUUUUCCUUUUAUUUUUUUUGUUGUUGGGUUUAUUAUUUCCCUAUUUUUUUCCCCAAUAAAAUUAUUGCUAUAGCAGCUGUGCAACCAGCAGGCCAUGGUUUUUAGUGUGGCGGCCUGUUGCACAAAUCAAGGUUGUAGCUACAUUUUUACUUUCUGUAUGACAAAAAAACAACUUUGUAAAUAAAAUGUUAACAUUUUUGGC